UCUCGUCCACCAUUCUCUGUGGUCUGCAGUGGAUAUGGCGUCACUAAAAAGUGUAGGAGUCGAGAAACUUCAUCCAUGUAAAUAACGCCAAGAAGCAAGCUGUAGGUAGCUGUACGCAGUACAUAUAUAUAUAUAUAUUAUCCAGCUUACUUUUUAACUAUGCCCCGGAAAAAGCCAUUUAGCAACAAACAGAAGAAGAAACAGCUACAGGUCAAACGGGAGAAAAAGAGAGGUGACACAGGUUCAGGGCCGAGCAGCCGCAAUGCUAGUGUGGAGCGAGGAGGAGAGCGACAGUCGGACACCUCAGACAGUGAGACCACUGAUGUUCGGAGAAUAAAUCAACAGCCCUUUGGCAGAGAAGGUAGAUAUGACCCCAAUAGGUUCCGACUGCACUUUGAGAAAGAGAGUAAGGAGGAAGUGGAAAAGAGGAAGAAGUUGGCCAGGGAGAAGGUGCUGCAGCCAGUUUUGGACAAAGAACUUGAGAUCAGCAUCAAUGACAUCUUCCCCUCAGAUAAAGGUCUUGGUUUCCCACUACGACCGCCUUGGAGUUAUGAGAUGACACGAGAGAACCUGCUGAGGAAAGAGGAGAAGAUGUAUAGAGACUACCUGGAUGACAUGCACGCCAGAAACCCCACUGGCUCUCUCAGCCACUUUGAGCACAACCUGGAGACAUGGAGGCAGCUAUGGAGAGUGUUGGAGAUGUCAGAUGUCAUCUUGCUCAUCGUGGACAUCAGGCACCCGGUGCUGCAGUUUCCUCCAGCUCUGUACAACUACAUCACAGGAGAUAUUCACAAGCAGGUGAUCCUGGUGUUGAACAAAGCUGACCUGUGUCCUCCCCCAAUGGUGAUCGCCUGGAAACACUACAUGACCUCCCAGUUCCCCCACCUGCAAAUAGUCUGUUUCACCUCCCACCCUGGACAGCCCUACAGCACAGUACUCCAGAAGAAGAGGAUGAGAAAGAAGGCUGACUGGAGUCACGCUGGAGGUCCUUUAGAUAUCCUGAAGGCCUGUCAGGAAAUCACAGCAGGGAAAGUUGACCUAUCCAGCUGGGAGCGGAAGAUUAAGAGAGAUGCUGUUGCUGAGCAUCUGGAUGGGGAGCAGCCAGAUGAAGGAGCCGAGACAGUACUGAUGGAGCAUCAAACUGACAGCGCUAUGGAGAUGAGCAGCCCAUCGCAUGAGCUGUACAAAGAUGGGGUUCUCACACUGGGCUGCAUAGGCUUUCCAAAUGUUGGUAAGUCAUCGGUUAUAAACAGCCUGGUGGGGAGGAAAGUGGUGAGCGUGUCUCGAACGCCAGGCCACACCAAAUACUUCCAGACUUACUACCUCACCCCGACAGUUAAACUCUGUGACUGCCCUGGACUGGUUUUCCCCUCACUGGUCAAUAAACAAUUGCAGAUUCUGGCAGGUAUCUACCCAGUGUCUCAGCUGCAGGAGCCCUACAGCUCAGUUGGUUAUCUGUGUGAAAGGACCCCUUUCCGCUCUGUGCUGAAGCUCACACAUCCCAGUUUGAUGGAGAACAAAGCCCAUAAUAGAAGCCAGGGGUCUGAAGAGCUCAACUGGACUGCCUGGGAUGUGUGUGAAGCAUGGGCAGAGAGGAGAGGCUAUAAAACAGCAAAAGCAGCUCGCAACGACGCUUACAGAGCAGCUAACAGUAUCCUGCGGUUGGCAGUUGAUGGCAGAUUGUGCCUCUGCCUUAAACCACCUGGCUACAGCUGCCUGAAAGAGCACUGGGAAAAUCACCCAGACCUGCCGGAGAUAAUUGCACUGCAAGGAAGGACGACACUGGAUGAAGGAACAGGAGAGAGGGACGAUGAUGAUGACGGAGAGUCCAGCACUGAGCCAGAGGAAGAGAGAGACCGGGACGCAGACGAUGAUGAGGAUGGAGAUGAUGAAGAUGAGGGGUUUGGACAUCCAAUACGGAAGGAAGCUAAUCCAUCUGGCUUUAAUGUCAACAUGUACAAUGUCCUUCGGGAAAAUGAGUGCGAGUGAUAAAGACAUGCAGAUGGCCAUAAGUUGCUUCUCUUCCCUGACUUCACCCCGUUAACCCCAGUGCACUUUUCCUUCCUUUUUUUCCUAAAUCUACAUUCCUUCUCUCUUUUUAUUUUUUGCAUCUCCACUCCUUCUGUCAUUACCUUCUCUGUCCAUUAACAUGAUCUAUGAAUUCACCUUAUUUCUCUCUCCCCAUAAUUUAUAGAGCAUAUUCAUGUAUUCCAUGCUAUGCCUCUGCUUGUUCUUUAGUGUUGCUUCUAGGAAUGGGUUUGGUUUGGUUUGAUUUCAUCUUUUUGCAUGUAGUUCUUAGCCGCAAAUGAACAAAGGAACUCCUAAUUUUCAUCGAUUUCAGAAUGGUUGCAGAUCGGCCCCGCUGCAUGUCGUCUCUGUUGUCCGCCGUCCGUCAACACCCACCAGGUCCAGAUUUGUUGCGGAAUGGCUGCAGCGAUGACUGACUGCGAAUUCAUGUAGAAUAGAACCACAAAAACAACAAGAGUUUGUUUCCAACCCAGAGGAGUAGAGAGGAAACAACGCUGUGCUGUGUUUUCAAGGUGUAGGGCAGAGAAAUAUGAUUUGUCUUGAGCAUGUUCUAUUUUAUUUUGAAAAUUAACCGGCUGUUUUAUUUUGUUUCUGUGCUCAACUUCCUGUCCCAGACUAUCUGCUGUGUGCUAAAUUGCCGCGGAGCUCUCCAGCAUCCGGCAAAAAUAGAAGCUCUGCGUAUCUGCUCCGGAGGGCUGCGGAUCGCCGGAGCUCUGCCAGAGUCGGAACGCAGCCGUUCCGCAGUCAGUGGAAAUACACACAUUGACUUUAAUGGAAACCUAAUGCUUCCGCUGCCGUUCCAGAGCGGAUCUGCAGCCGUACCGCAACUGGUGGAAAUUAGGAGUAAAUUGGAAUAAUCAGCCAACUGGGUUUCAAUCUCUUAAUUGAUAAGUGAUGUCACAGCUGAGAUGCCAAAGUUCAGGAAAGGAUGAUAAAACAAAUCAGAUUCACUGUCGAUAUGGAUUCACUGACGCAGCCAUUUGGCUCUCAGAGCAGCUGGAGAUUUAAGACCAUGACUCCAAAUCGUAGUUUGUCACAACUUUGGUCAAAGGGUGUGGAGAUAGGAUAUUGGAGAUAUUAGACUAUAAAAGUGGAAUGAAUAAAACCAACAUUUUACACAAACGGUUUUGCGGAUACCAGGACUUUGGCUCUGUUGAAGGGUUAACUUAUUUGAACUUGGUUUUGAUUUAGAUAAUUGUACGGAGUGUGAUAUUUUAUUUGGUGGGAUUCUACAAAGUCAGCAGGAAAUUAAA